AGUCCUCGAUUUACGAACGAGUUCCGUUCCCGCAAUGGCGACGCUGAGUCGGAUUGCACCGACUUCUGUAUUGUAAGCUCAGUGCGAAGCAGGAAGGAGUGCGCGUCGGCGCGAGCGUGUACAGUGGCAAGCGACGGCGACCGGGGAAGAGUAGCGAUUAGCGGAGGACCCGUUGUCGUCCAAUGUGCAGAGGAGCUAAUAAAGCCGUUCAAGCGGCAAAUCGGCGCUUCGUGCCUUUAUUGUUGCCGCGCGACGAGAGAAGGGAGUUAACCCCUGCGUCUCCCGACCACGGUCAGGUGACCGGAGCGGGAAAGGUCAAGAAAUUCAUAUACAAAAAUAAGAUGCUGUACUUCCCAUUACUGCUGAGAGUGUGAAAAAGAUAAAGGCAAAGAUAUGCCCGGCGCACAAACACAGACGAGCGCUAUGCGCUAGCUAAGCAGAAACCACUACGGUGCUGGGACAAAAUGGCGGACGAGGCACGGCCGUCGUCAAGUCCAAACGUCGUAGGUCGAGCGCGUCGCAACUCGAGGACUUCCUGUACGGAGAAUUAGCUCCAGAUGUGCAGUCGUCCUUUUUUUCAGACCGAUACCAGUACGAGCGCUCACUCUUGAGGACUCGCCGAUACGGAGUAUCGAGACCGCCCGUCCCCCGUUGCCGUCGUGGCGAGGCGCAAUUGGCCAAGCGUUGGUUGGAAGGGGGCGAGGAGGAAAAGGACAUUUGGGGGUUAGCCUGACGACAAGGAAUUUGCUAUUUCAUCCAUCGUUACGUCAUCAAUUGUGAAUAUCGUUAAGUACGGUUGGAAAACACAACAAGGGUGUACUUUCUAGACCGUAUGCGUGCGGCCGAUGCCGUGUUGCCGGUCGGCCGAGUCGAAUACUCGCCGACAAACGUCGAGCCUUAUGCCGUUUAUUGAUUCUUGCGCAUAAAUGUCAAACGCCGAGCGGGUCACACGCUCGUUUUCACCGAUGUUGUGAGCGAAACAGAUUCAAUAAAAACCAUCUCGGCCCACCCUACUUUUGGUCUUUCGGCACACAAAAUAUUCACGCUAUCCUCGAACAAAGUUAUUGCAUUGACAGGCACCAUUUCUUACGACGUGCGUCCAUUCAUUUCUUUCCUUGUUGUUUUUGGAAACAAUCUGCUUUGUGCUGCUUUAAGAUCAUCCAAGAUCUCGAUUUUUUUUCUUCCUUUUUUGGGAUGCGUACUUCAUAUUCUGACCUCCGUUUUAGCCCCGCCGGAGGGUCAAAAUAUUAGGAACAGUAGUCGAUAGCGCACGUCCCUCUCAAGUGGCCAGCGCGUGUGUGCGCAUGCGCGUCCGUGUGGUGCGCGCGGGGAUGCUCGCUCGCGCGCGCUAAUGCUCGCUGCUGCCGCGGCCGCGCGCAUCCUGCUUGUCGUCGAUGUCUCGGGAGCGCGCGCGCGUGCAUCACGGACAGUAGUCGCGAGCGUCCUCUUCAUUAUCAUCAUCAUCAUCGUCGUCGUCGUCGUGAGGUCAUCCGGACAGCAACAAGAAGCUGCAAAGGGAAAAAGCUGCGCGUGCGCGAUCGAGGUGCCUUGUCGGAAUCAACAGGACGACAGAAAGGGAGAAGAAAAACAAACAAACAAACAAACAAAAAACAACACAGUCAACGUGUCAACAACGGAGCGUCCCUCCGUGAGAAGCGGACCACACCGGACCGGACCGGACCGGACCGGACCGAGGCAGACACCCAACCCGCGGCCGACGGACGCGCCAAGGAGACCGGAAGCAACUGUGCUCAUCAAUCGGCGGCUGCUUUUAUUGUGAAAAACAAACGUUUCGCACAUGGAGGUGCGCGCGUCCCUGCUGCUGCUGGCGCUGCACUGCGGCGCGGUGGCGCUGUGCGGCUGCGAGCCGCGCGUGCUCAACGUGGGCGCCGUGUUGAGCCAGAAGCGCUACGAGCAGGUGUUCCGCGACGCCGUGGCGCACGCCAACGCCGUCUACGGGCGCGACCGCUUCAAGAUGAACGCCAUCGCCGUCACGCACAAGCCCAACGCCAUCCAGAUGGCGCUGUCCGUCUGCGAGGACCUCAUCUCCAACCAGGUGUACGCCAUCUUGGUGAGCCACCCGCCUCAGUCCAACGACCACCUGACGCCAACGCCCGUGUCCUACACGGCCGGAUUCUACCGCAUCCCCGUCGUGGGCCUCACCACGCGCAUGUCCAUCUACUCCGACAAGAGCAUCCACCUGUCGUUCCUGCGCACGGUUCCGCCGUACUCGCACCAGGCGAGCGUUUGGUUCGACCUGAUGCGAGAGUUCCGCUGGAACCACAUCAUCCUCAUCGUCAGCGACGACCACGAAGGGCGAGCCGCGCAGAAAAGACUCGAAACGCUACUCGAGGAGAAGGAGACCAAGACUAAAAUCAGGAACUAUGAAAGCGUGGACCAACACGGCUUUGACUUCCGGAGAACGCCUAAGGCCGAGAAGGUUCUGCUGUUCGGUUCCGACACCAACCUGACCGCCUUGCUCAUGGAUGCCAAAGACCUGGAGGCCCGCGUCAUCAUCCUCUCCGCCAGCGAGGACGAGGCGACGGGCGUCUACAAAGCGGCCCGUCAUCUCAACAUGACCGGUUCUGGUUACGUCUGGAUCGUCGGAGAGCGAGAAAUGACCGGAAAAGCUUUGAGCGAAGCGCCGGACGGCCUGCUGGGUCUGCAACUGAUUAACGGUAAGAACGAGUCGGCGCACAUCAUGGACGCCGUGGGAGUGGUGGCGCAGUCCCUGCAGGAGCUUCUGGACAAGGAGAACAUCACGGAACCGCCGCGCGGGUGCGUGGGCAACACCAACAUCUGGAGGACGGGACCCCUCUUCAAAAGGGUGCUGAUGUCAUCGAAGUACGCCGAGGGCCUGACGGGUCGCAUCGAGUUCAACGACGACGGCGACCGGCGCUUCGCCACUUACAACAUCCUCAACUAUCAGCAGAAGCCCGGAAGACUCGUACAGGUCGGAAUCUUCAACGGAUCGCAGGUGCUGAUGAACCCCCAGAGGAAGAUCAUCUGGCCCGGCGGGGAGACGGAAAAGCCGGUCGGCUAUCAGAUGUCGACCAAACUUAAGAUCGUGACCAUCCACCAGGAGCCGUUCGUGUACGUGAAGCCCACCAAGACGGACGGAACGUGUAAGGAGGAGUACACCGUCAACGGAGUCCUCAUCAAGAAGGUCAUCUGCACCGGUCCCAACGGAACCAUCCCAGGUCAGCCGACGGUUCCUCAGUGUUGUUACGGCUUCUGCAUCGACCUCCUGAUCAAGUUGGCCAUGAGCAUGAACUUCACCUACGAGGUUCACCUGGUGGCCGACGGCAAGUUCGGAACGCAAGAGAGAGUGAACAACAGCAACAAGAAGGAGUGGAACGGCAUGAUGGGCGAGCUGCUGGGCGGGCUGGCCGACAUGAUCGUGGCGCCCCUCACCAUCAACAACGAGCGCGCUCAGUACAUCGAGUUCUCCAAGCCUUUCAAGUACCAGGGCCUCACCAUCCUCGUCAAAAAGGAAAUCCCUCGCAGUACGCUGGACUCCUUCAUGCAACCUUUCCAGAGCACCUUGUGGCUCCUCGUCGGCCUGUCGGUGCACGUGGUGGCAGUGAUGCUCUACCUAUUAGACCGAUUCAGCCCCUUCGGAAGGUUCAAAGUGAACAGCGAAGAAGAAGAAGAAGACGCCCUCACCUUGUCCUCGGCCAUGUGGUUCUCCUGGGGAGUUCUGCUCAAUUCCGGGAUCGGAGAAGGAGCCCCGAGGAGUUUCUCGGCGAGGAUUCUGGGAAUGGUGUGGGCGGGCUUCGCCAUGAUCAUCGUGGCGUCGUACACGGCCAACCUGGCCGCCUUCCUGGUGCUGGACCGGCCUGAGGAGCGCAUCACUGGCAUCAACGACCCCAGGCUGCGUAACCCGUCGGACAAGUUCAUCUACGCGACGGUGAAGCAGAGUUCAGUGGACAUUUACUUCCGGCGUCAAGUGGAGCUGAGCACGAUGUAUCGGCACAUGGAGAAGCACAACUACGAGAGCGCCGCCGAGGCCAUCCAGGCCGUCCGAGACAACAAACUGCACGCCUUCAUCUGGGACAGCGCCGUGCUGGAGUUCGAGGCGUCGCAGAAAUGCGACCUGGUGACCACCGGGGAACUUUUCUUCCGCUCGGGAUUCGGCAUCGGCAUGCGGAAGGACAGCCCCUGGAAGCAGAACGUGUCGCUCGCCAUCCUCAGUUCUCACGAGAACGGCUUCAUGGAGGACCUGGACAAGACUUGGGUUCGCUACCAGGAGUGCGACUCCAGGAGCAACGCGCCCGCGACGCUGACCUUCGAAAACAUGGCAGGCGUGUUCAUGCUGGUGGCGGGCGGCAUCGUGGCGGGCAUCUUCCUCAUCUUCAUCGAGAUUGCCUACAAGCGCCACAAGGACGCCCGCAGGAAGCAGAUGCAGCUGGCGUUCGCCGCCGUCAACGUCUGGAGGAAGAACCUACAGCCGUACCCGACCGACAUCACCGGACAGAUCAACCUAUCGGAUCCCUCCGUCAGCACCGUGGUCUGAACGCUCGGGCCACGCCCGCCGGCUGCCCGCGCACGAAACUCCGACAUGUGAACACACGCGUGCGUACACAACACACCGAGUGUUGAUUUUAUUUUCAAAAGUGUUUUCGUGUUUCCUGAUCAUUUAUCAGGUGGGCGGAGCCAGUGGAACAGGAAGUGGCUUCUGUUCACUCACUUCAAUAUAAACAUUCAUAACAACUGCAAUGAUAAAAGCGUAUCUGUUUGUCGGUUACAGUGGGAAGGGUAUGAAACAGGAAGUGACCUCAGCAGGAUAUUCGUUCAUAUUUUCUAUUGCGCAAUAUAGCAAACGGUCAACACCACUGGUUAGCUUUAGCAAGUUAGCCUCAGUGUCGCAGCUAUAGAUCUUAAUGUCCCGCCCACAAAGCUCCACAGGUUCCGCCCCCUGACGCUCCCACGGCACGCUGGGAUCGAUGAUGUCAUCAGACCUAUAUUAUGAUGUCACUCUGUCUACCUCCACCGGCCAAUCGACACGCAGCGAAGUCCGCGCAGCACGCUAGCUAACUAGUCAAACGCUUCACACAUUUGUUGUUAGCAUUGAGGAAGUUAGCCACUUGUAGCAUUUUCAGUUAGCAGCUAAUGUUAGCAUGUUUAGCUGGUUUUAUGUGACAGAGACCUGCGACAUCUCAUGCAAACUUCACCACUUGUUCACUGACCACUUGCUCAUGCUAACUCAGCAUUUUAUAGCCAACUCUACAUGUGCGUAUGUGGCUAUUGCUAAUAGACGCUAAUUCAGCCAGUGCACUUUUGUUGUUGACUUUUUAUCAGUAAUGUGUGAAUGAAAUAUUGAUUUACGCUAAUUGUGCUAAUUUAGCUUUUCAACUUGAAUCAGUGAUGUCAUCAAAUGUUUUAAAAUGGGUGUCAGCCAUUUGAGUUCAGAUGCCACAUUCCCCGUUAUUUGAGCUUAAGUGGGUCGAGCCGCUAUGUUCGUGGCCUAAAAAGCUAUAAAUAAGAAAAAUUCCAUUUUGUUUCCCAUUGUUUCGGUGCAAAUAAUAACAAGUACCUUUGUUGUCAUGUUGCAAAAGCCAAUUUCAGAAUGUCAUUGAAGUGGGAAGUGCUCAUUUAAGAGGUCGUCAGUGCGACCUCCAGAGACAAAAUUAGCAAUGUUGCUUUUAUUGAGCAAUAGCAGUGAAUGUGUUCUCGAACCCCGCGGUCGGAUUGGACCCCCCGACGCGCCAGUUGUGGCCCGCGGGCCGUACGUUUAACACCGGUUUGUAGCCGUUUACUCAAAGAUGACGACGAUGUUUUUCGCUCUUUUCUCUGCCACGUGUAGCAUUUCCAGUUAGCCGCUCUUGUUAGCACGUGUAGCUCGUCGGGUGCGCAUACAUCGACGGAGACCUGCGACGUCUCAUGUGAACUUCACCGCUUGUUAGCCAAACACUUGCUAAUGCUAAGUGAGCAUUUAUUAGUGUGUGUUUGAUGCUAAUUCAGCCAAUGCACUUUUGUGAACUUUUAAUCUGUUGUUCGGUUAAAAGAUGGACUUUUCUCUGACGCUAAUUGUGCUAACUUCUAGUGAUGUCAUAGGGUUAUUUUUGUUUUUGUCAAAGACGAUGCUUUUUAUUGUUUACAAGCUGUUUACAUCGAUUUUACGCGUGGUCAAAUGAAACCUUUUUUUUAAAUGUUUUUCAUUUUCCGACUAAGCUAACCCGAAACUUUCUCCUUAUGCUAGCUUAUGCUAUGCCGAUUAAUCAGACUUUUAUUGUGAAAGCCACUCUACUUACACACGCCUCCACUUGUACUUGUAAAAACGCUCAGAUAGUACAACAUCCCAUACCAGCCUGUCAUAUACAAUGGAAAAAAAUGUACUUAAUUUGAACAGUUGCACAUGAAAAAAAAAGUAAGUUGACCACAUUUUAAUGUUGAAAUGAAGUCAAUUCCAAGGAGUGCUUUUUCAGUGUGCGUACUGUACUAGUCAGUCCUGUCAGAGCGUGCCGUCUGCAGUUUAGCAGAAAGCAAACAGUUCUUUUAAAAAAAAAAUAAUAAUAAUGUGUACUAGCUGUUUCUUGACUCCAGUUUACUGUAAAACGUAACACACAAUAAAGACAAUUACACAUGUGUAUUUAACUCAGCACAUAAUCCUAUAAAUACACAACCUCAAUUUAGCUAGCUUAAUGCUAACAAUGCAAAAUGCCAUUGAUGGGCUGACAAAUAACGUCAAUGUCACUUUAAAAGCGCAGAUACAGAAAGAUGAUGCUGACAAGAAUAUUUCUUUCUACACUGCAAAAACAAAAAAAGGCUGCUUUGCUGGGAUUUUCUUUGCGUUAUCUGCAUGUGCGACCACACUGGCCCCUGGAGGCCGAGGCGUACACAACACAUGCAACGCAGGACAGCAGAACACGACCCAACUUUUUUUGUAGGCCACUACAAACAAACAAACAACCGCGGCUUCACAACGAGCUGCACGUCAGAAAGGGCCAACAUAAAAAAAAAACCAUGCCUGAGCGCAAUUGCGUCACUAGGGCCUGUUUUAGCCACCCUCCCCAAAAAUCCGGAAAACUGAAUUGGUGAAAAACUGUUCAAUGCCAAAUCUCCACAAUUACGUACUACGCUUCUCAAAUGUAAGUACUUGUACUCAUACUUACAUCCCUAGCCCUUAGACCUGGAUCGACUUUAGACCUGGUCCAAAGUUAGACCGGAACUAACUUUAGAGCUGAUCUAACUUUAGACCAGGACCAACUUUAGACCUUCUAACAGUCGAAGAUGAGACAAUAAAUUAGGUGUGUCUCUCUGAGACAUAUUUCAUAUUUUAAAAAUAAAAGCAUGAAAGAAUUGAUCAUAUAUUUGAUCCCUUUUGAAAAAUAGGUAUGAAUAUGAUGAUGAUGAUGAUUGUGUGUAUUACCUUAUCUCCACAUGUUAGUGUUUUCCACAUGAAACAGUUAACCCUUGUGAAAAUGUAAUAAUAGUGUUUGAUUUAUGUAAUUUCAUUGCAUCAGAAGUUAUGCUAGUGACAUUUCCCAGCUUGCUAACCUUUGCUAGCGAACAUUUUUAGUUUAUUUUGUGAACGCUAAUGUAGCAACGCAUUAACCUUCAGCUCAGUGAUGUCAUCACGAUUGACGCACAGCAAAUGUUCAUGCUAACACGCCAGUGCGAAGUGUUGUCUUUGCGUGAUGUCCUAUGCUGCGAAGGAGGCGGAGCUAAUGUACAAACCCGCAAUUUUUUUUCUACUUCCUGUCUUGAAAAGUGUGCAAAGUGACUCAUGUUCAUGUCAAAAUAAAAGUUUAUGACUAUAAACAAUCA